AUGGCAGAUCCGAAAAAGCCUUCGCCAACAACAAGUCGAGGCUUGACCGACCCAAGCAUCUCUUCGGAGGCCUCUCCAUCCUCCGGAAUACCUUGGCCAGCUGGCCAGAUCCCUCUGCAUUUUCGGACAAAGGAGGGUGACGGAGCUCGAGGUGAUUCGAUUUCCGCUUCCUCGGAUGGCGUACAAGACUCGUCUGAAAUCUCAGAGCCUUUGUCAAGAAAUGUUGACUUCAUCACAUAUGGGAGAUCAGAGUUCUCGAAUAUCAGCAUGGGAACUCUACUGAACGAUAAAGAGGAGUACUCAAGAAACCAGUCGUUGAUGGAACAGACACUCAAUCAAAGCCGCACGAAGACUGCUUUAGAUGAAGUGGUGACCGAGAUCUUCUCGCCCGCCGCACAGGCGGCAGAGGUUUACCAUCUUCACAACUACCUCAACGACAUUGCUCAUGUUUUGGUACGUUAUCUCGACGAUAUGAUGGAUGCUGGAGAUAUCGAUUCGAAGUACAAUGUUGUAUUGAGAUAUGACGCCAUAAUGCGGGGCCUAUGCAUCGAAAAAAUGCCUCCAUGGCUAUCGUUGAACAUGCCUUAUAAUGACGCUUGGCCAGAAUGGACCAAGUGGGUUAGGAGAUCCUAUCAUGCAUCCUGUGCGCACAAGAUCAUAAUGAUCCACCAAAGCUUCCUAGGCAGAAGUUUCAAAGAUCCUCGGUAUACGUACUCACGAUGGGCGUGUAUCAGUAGCGCGAAGACCGUCCUUGAGGCUAUGGAGAAAAGACUUCCCAAAGAACCUCAAUGGUGGGUCGAGCAGGCUUUUGUUGUUACUGCGGGACUCUGCCUGGGUCUCGACCUGUUCCAUCGUUCCGAAGGCGAACCGGAAGCAAUCAAAGACCUUGAAGCGAUCCAGAAAGCGGUCACGAUUCUCGAACAAUGGCCGACAAGCUCCGUUGCCGCGCAUGGUAUCCGACUACUUAGCACGUUGUUGCAGGAGCAUUCGAAGAGAACUGAUGCAACGAGGGCAGACUCACGUACCAAGGAGCCCGAUCUUCCUCCAAAUAUUGCUCCUCAAGCUCUUGCUCAUGAUGCUUCCGUUGACUCCCCGAAACCAUCAGAAGCGCUUCCGCCUCCACAUGAAUCCCUAGGACCCACGGAGGUUCCGAUAGGGGAAGAAGUAUGGGCCAACACCGAUUUCGAUAUCGAUAUGACGGGUUUCGAGGAGCUCAUGGACACCCUUCCCUUGCAAAACGGAUUUGACAACAGCGUCUUCCUUGAUAGCCUAUGGAACGGCUACACAGUGAGGAGGCAGCUCGAGGAGGUCAUUUGCGUCGGGCCCUCGCGCUCCGGUACAGACUCGUUAAAGCAAGCCUUGCUUGAGCUGGGGUAUCCAAGAGUUUUCCAUGGCUACGAAACCAUGUUAACCUCCAAUCGCCAUCAAAAGCCUGUACUCAGCAGACUCACAGAGAAAAAGUAUCACAGUGAUUCCAAGAGUGGUGAUGUCACGUUCACCGCGGAAGAAUUCGACCAGGUCUUUGGAGAAUACGAUGCCUUGACCGACAUGCCUUGUGCGACCUUUGCUGCAGAGCUCGUGGCCGCAUACCCGGAUGCGAAGAUCAUCCUAAACAGGAGAAGCAAUGUGGAUGCAUGGUACAAAAGUUUCGAUGCGACCUUGAUGGCGAACAGGAAGGAGUGGUGGUCGUACACUUGCUCUUGGUUCUCGCCGGACCUGUACUGGUCGAAAAGGCUUGUACAUCGUCAAAUAAUGCCCGAAUUCUUUCGCGGUGAUUUUCAAGCGAACGGCAAAUGGGUAGGUGCCUAA